AUGGUCAUCGACAAGGUUUCCCCUUACAACAGAAUCUUAGGCCGACCGUGGAUCAGCAAGGUCGAGGCCAUCAGAUCUGCUCUGCAUCAGAAGAUCCGCUAUCCCAUCCCUAGGGGCGCGAUCGGGCAGAUCAACAGUGACCAAGUCAUGGCAAGGAGAUGCACAGCCCAAGGCCUCAAGAAGAGCAAGCAGCUGCAGUUCACACCAGUAAUGCAAGCUACGAACGAGGCAGGAAGCGCUCUUAGCAGACAAGCAAACCCGAAAGGGAAGGAAGUGGCUGCGUCACAAUAG